AUGAAUUCUUGUUUCACCCUCGAGCCUUUCACCAUUCCUGAGCACAGGAUGACUGAUGAGUAUCCACCACCAGGAGAUCUUGAAAGUGAUUCCUCGAUGAGCACUGUAGCAGCCGCAUUCGAAGAAGAAGAAGAUAGUACUACGAUGGUGGACAGCACUCUCAUGUGCGUCUUCGAUAUGCCACAUGGAAUCAGUGCACACUCUUCCAGGUAUUUUUCGGCAUCUCCAUCGAUUGUGACACCAACAUUCAAGUCGGUUUCAGCCACUUUUCGAGACGAGCCUUCUUUCGAACCUAUUCCUGAUAUCGCUCAUAACAAUAUUGUUGCCUUCGAAAAUCCACUUCACCCGCUGCUGGAGCCAGCGCCGAUCUUCCAAUCAACGGAGGAUGCUUCCUCUCGUAGCGUCUCGCCGUCUGAUGCUAGUAGUGCCUGCACCAGCAAGAGCGCCGCAGAAUUGGAUCAGGUGUGCAAAGCACGUAUCGAGAAGUUGCGAGAAUCCCUGAAGCGCUCGUCCGCAACCCGACAAGCAGUCAUGCGACAAUGGCAAGCUCUCAAAGUCUAA